AUGAAUGCGCUUCGAGCUCGCUUGUUGCUGAUGUUCGGUGGGCCACUGGGUCUGCAUCUUCUGUAUUUGCAUGAACCUCUCGAAGCUUACGUAUAUUUUGCGACAUUUGGAUUUUUUCUACUUGGCGUAUUCUUUGAUGUUUUUACUCUGAAUGGCCGAGUUGCGGAGCAGAACCGAAAAUUAGAAGGAUUCGAAAAAAAUAGAAGUUGUAAAGUAAAAACGUCGUUGGGUCGUUUUUUGGCGCAGUUUUUAUUUGGUUGUUUCAUCGGGUUCUUAUUCUCUUGUGCCGGUGUCCUUCUUUUUGGUACCAAGUAUCGCGCAUUGCUGGCCCUGAUCGUUGCAGCCGGUAUCACACAAGUUAAGGUUUGCUGUGUUGCAGGUGUUUAUGUUGUUGGGAAUUGCCGAGAACAGCAACGUAGUCUGCUUUAUAUAUUGGUCUCUGCGAUUGCUUCUUCUAUCGCAACUAUGGUUCUACUCAAUUUGCCGUUUUAUCGGGCAGUACUACUCGUAUCCAUCUCGGCAACAUUUGCUGGCAAUCGUAGUGCUCAGUCUCGCAGCUUUGUCGAACAGCCUUCGAGCCGAUCUUAUUUGGUUCUGUCACUGAUUCAUUCCUUUAUCGUACUUAUCAUUGCAAUUGGUUUAACACGGGUUGUGCUUGAUCGGCGUAUCUCAGUUGUCACGGGCAGCGGUGAAUCACGUGUCAUUGCAUCAGUUGGUUCCAUAAUACACGAUCGUUAUUUUCGCCAUCCAGCAAAAGAUGUUUUUCAUCACUUUUCUCGAAUCGAAUAUUUACCACCGCGGCGUACAGCGGUGUUGGACCAAACUCCGCAACGUGACGGUGACUAUGGUUUAUUUGAUUACAUUGUUGUUUUUAUUGUUGAUUUUAUGCGUUACGAUUCGAGCGCAAGGAAGCGGGUAGAUGAUGGACCGAAUGCACUGCAGCUUGCCGUCUGGAGAACAUUCGUUUUACAGCAGGAUUAUCGGCAUUCACUGAGAGAUGAUGCGUCAUGCUACCGGAGGUCUGCAUCUGCUCUGGUUUUUUCCCGAUUUUCAUUUUCCGUACCGCUGUUUUGGUUUGUGGCACCACGCCACUUAUCCGUUGAUUGA